CGUGCCCCUGCUGGGGAGACAUGUGGAGAUGUGAAAGGGAAACCUGGAGACAGCCGGCGAGCAGAGAAAUCGCGAGGGCUGAGCCCCUUCGGAUCUCCCCGGGGAGCCUCGGCGGGUGUGGACGGUACCGAGGUGGAACGAAUUUUGUAGCUCAGACGGCAGCUCCUUGUUGGUUUCGGGUGUAUGGGCACGCCCAGCUGGAGAAGCCGCCAGGGCGGAUGAAGCCGGCGCUCCUGGGUCUGGGUGGAUCCUAGUUGGAGCGUAACUGUUCGUAAGGAGGUGAGAGGUGGAUUAACAUGGAUCCCUUCGACAGCCCAACCGCCUAGAGCCUGCCGGCUGCUCGGUUCCGAGCCAAGCUUUCCGCGACGCGCAAACACGGGAGACUGGAAGUUCCGGGGUGGGCGGGGAAGGCACUGUCCGUGGUGCUGAUCCGGAUCCCAGCAACGGGCUCUGGGGAGAGCGCGCCGAGCUGCAGAUCCGCUCCCUCGAACUGGGGCGGUCCGCUAGGGUGGCUUGGAGCUGAAACCCCGCUUGGCUCCAAAACCCCGCAGAGCCUCCUCGGUCACCGGAGCUUGGCCUUUAUUUCAGUCAGAAAGUCGCUUCCUUGGGCCAGUUCGUCCCAAAGGGUUUCCUCGAAAGUCUCUGAGAGGGAGCGGUUGUUGACCCAGGGAAUCUCUGUUUAGCCCCGGAAGCCACCCGCUGAAAAAAAAGAUGCCUGCCUUCAACAGAUUGUUUCCCCUGGCUUCCCUUCUGCUCAUCUUGUGGGUCGGCGUCUGCUUCCCCGUGUGUGUGGAAGUGCCCUCGGAGACUGAGGCGGUUCAGGGCAACCCCAUGAAGCUGCGCUGCAUCUCCUGCAUGAAGAGGGAGGAGGUGGAGGCCACCACGGUGGUGGAAUGGUUCUACAGGCCCGAGGGCGGUAAAGAUUUCCUUAUCUACGAGUAUCGGAACGGCCACCAGGAGGUGGAGAGCCCCUUCCAGGGGCGCCUGCAGUGGAACGGGAGCAAAGACUUGCAGGACGUGUCCAUCACUGUGCUCAACGUCACCCUGAACGACUCCGGCCUCUACACCUGCAACGUGUCCCGGGAGUUUGAGUUCGAGGCACAUCGCCCCUUCGUGAAGACCACCCGGCUGAUCCCCCUGCGUGUUACCGAGGAGGCUGGAGAGGACUUCACCUCUGUGGUCUCAGAGAUCAUGAUGUACAUCCUCCUGGUCUUCCUCACUCUGUGGCUGCUCAUUGAGAUGAUAUAUUGCUACAGGAAGGUCUCGAAGGCCGAAGAGGCGGCCCAAGAAAAUGCGUCUGACUACCUGGCCAUCCCCUCGGAGAACAAAGAGAACUCUGCAGUCCCGGUGGAGGAAUAGAAGGGGUCAACUUCAGGUGGCCUGAACACCGAAGGGCUGGCUGUCCCAGGUCCAGUGAUGUCAACUGCAUCAGGAGGGUGCCCCAGGGACCACAUCGCUUCCCUUCGUGCAUCCAUCCUUUCAGUUCAUUCUUCAUACAUCCUCUCACCUCUGAACGUUCACCUCUGCCUUGCUAACUCCAUCAGACCUCUACACACCUCAAGACUUUGCCAGAACUGAGAAGCCAACAUUUCUACAUGACUCAAUCUCAGCCUGCCCUCAUUUUCAAGCAAGCGGCUCCCAUGCCAACCGGAUCCCUCUCCUGUGCUUCAUUCAGCUUAGAACAUGUGCUGGAGGUGGACAUGUGCAUCGGCUCCCUCUGGCUAGAGCCGGCUCACUCUCCCAUUGCUGCACGUGAAUAGAUGUCUUCAUGGAAGGAAGCGGGAGUGAUGGAUUUGGGUUAAAGCAAGAGUGUCAUGAAGUGGGAUUUCUUGAAGGAGACUUGGGAAGUCAUACAAUGUGUUCAUGACCCUCCUGGGGGAUAACGUGCGUGUGUCUUCCCAGGUGAGCACACCAACUGAGACAGCUGGGUGGUAGUGGGCACUGGGAGUGAAAUCUCAAAGUUCCUCUCAAAAUUUCUGUGCAUCAGUAUUAUCACGCAUUUUAUAGGAGGCACCCGAGACUCAAGACAAGACUCAACUCUAAGGGACCUUGAUGGAUAAACUGAAGCAGAUGUAAGCCCAAGGCACUGCCCACUUCACACUUCCCGAGAUGGGAUAAUUUUAUGAAAAGACUUCGAAAUUGAAUGUGGCCAUGGCCUUGUUUCUUUCAUAAGCACAGAACUGGGUGGGUUACCUGGCCGAGGUGAAUUCUGAUUCAGGUAACUAGAAACUGGCCGGAAAGGCAGAGAAGGACGUGAGGAAGACUUUGAAGAAUUCCUUUAGUGAAAAGAUUUGUGAAUCUGAGACAUCUUCCUGAAGGACAGUGGAUCUGGGAAUGGUAUUGAACUAAGAAGUGUGUUUUUAGUCUGAGAUGGAUGAUGGCAAGUGAGUGAGUGAAGUGAUAGGAGGGGGGCUAACCUGGGAAUUCAUAAUGUCCAGGGUUUUUUUUUCCCUAGGUGUUAGGAGAACAGAUGAACACUGCAGAAAUCUUAGUCAAUAUCUCAUAUUCCACUUUGAAUGACUGGUUAUGUGUGAUGUCCUUCGGCACUCUGUGAUGGGAGGGGGAAGGAUGCUUGACGGCAGUGGGGGUUAGAAAAUGAAAUGACUGGGAUCUGAUGAACAAGAUAUCCCCCAGAUCAGGGGGAACUUCUUGGGGGGAAGAUCCUGCUCCCUUGGCCUUGGGUCUCACCUGAGAAACUCAGUUCAUCUCUCCCAUCCCAGGGAAGAGUACCUGAAAUAAGUCCUUGUUCACAUAUUUGAGUGUUGUAUUUGAUUGAAGAAAACAUGUUCCAUAAAUUCAAGGCCCUUCUCAUUGGUAAUUUCCCACACAAUCCCUCUGAUAGGGGACAGAAUAUAGAUUUUCCUUACUUUAUAGUGAGGGGACAGAAUAUAGAUUUUCCUUACUUUAUAGUGAGGAAAAUAGGCCUGGAUUACUGUGAGGUUUUCCUAGUCAUGUGGCUGGUGCAUAGAAGCUCCUUUCGACCAUGCAUCUAAACUGUGAUUUAGAGUGCACAUUUGCCUUUUUUCCUUUUCAAAAGCCCAAUUCAGGUAUUCCCUGAGUGAAUUUUAAUGAAGUUGAAUGGUACCUCUUUUUUUCUUAUUUAUCCUUCCAAGUAAUCUCUUAAUUUCUCAACUCUUCUCAUCUUUAAUAUUUUAUUAGGUUAUAUGAUUUACCAAGCAUUUUAAUUUGUUAUCUUAUUUCUCCUCCAAACUAGCUCUGUGAGGUGGAUACUGCAAGUACAUUAACAAAUGAAGGAAUGGGCUGCCUGAGGCUGACAAGCUUUACCAAAUCAUAAGUUCAUACAGGUGGUAAUGAACUAGAACCUGGAGAAUGAACCUGGAGAACUAGAAUCCAGGUCUUCUGAGCUCCCUGCCCCACUCUCUUUCCAUGGAGACCACAGCUGCUUCCUUUCCUCUCAUCUCUUUACUUCCACCUAAUCUUUGCCUCUCCUGCACAUCCUGAGAUAUUAAACCUCUCUCAUCCCUAGGUCCACUCAAGCGCUCCUUUACCACUUGGUUUCUUGAGCCAUGCUAGAAACGUGUUUUCACAGCCUAUCUCAUUUUGCUUUUCCCCUUUUCGUUGGUUUGUACCCCAUUAUUUCUUCUGAGUUGCAAUUUAACUCCUUCCUGGGAGACUUGAUCAUGACUGUAUAUCCACAAGACACUCUGAUCACCAGCCUAUUUCAAAUCCUCACCCACUUCCCGUUUCACCACAUAUCCCUACAAAGGACUCAGAUAAAUGUGCACUGCUCUGAAAGUUUUACCUGGCAUGCUUUUCUUAUUAAAGGGCUUAGAAAUGUUCUCAAGGGCUAUCAUCACUCUAGGAACCCCAUCUGUUGUGUUGGUGCUGGAUAUUUCCCAUGACUGAUCCUUAAUACCGUUCACUCAUGGCCAAUUAGGCUUGGUCCGGUUUUCCCUUUCCCUAACAGCCAGUGAACUUCACUGCUCCACUUGGUUGGCCCUAUAAGCACCUCACCCUACUGACUUUUACCAACAGCUCAGCCUUGCCUCACAGCCCCAACUCCUGCGUGAAAAUAAGCUUGACGGUCUGUUCCCAUAUCAGCCUUUAUUUUCAGUCCAUUUAAAAGCAUUAUUCUUCAGUGUCACCACCCCUCCAAGCACACACACACCCAGAUUUCUGAUUCUCUGAGUUUCUGGUUUCUCCUUAAGAGGCCAAACUAGAAAUGUUAGUAGGAAUUUUUCAAAGCAGGAAUAGGCUGGAAAUAUGUUAUCGAGCUAAGAAUGGUUAAGAGAAGAGAUAGCUCCUUUUCUUCCCCCCAAAUUACUACAUCAAAAAGGAAAAUAUACCCAUCUCAGAAUGUGACAAAAAUCAGAGAGGAAAGACCAUAUAACUAUAUCUUGGCAGGAAGAAGCAAGGAGCUAGAUAUGUUUCAGAGUGUAUCUUGGUUCCCCUUCCCUUGGGGACCUUGGGCUUCCCUGGUAGCUCAGAUGGUGAAGAAUCUGUGUACAAUGCAGGAGACCACGGUUCAAUCACUGGGUCAGGAAGAUCCCCUGGAGAACAUAAUGGCAACCAACUCCAGUAUUCUUGCCUAGAGAAUUCCAUGGACAGACCAUGGGGUUGCAGAGUCAGACAUGACUGAGCGCCUAACACACCCCUUCCCAAGUUAAGCGGAAAUGGAAAAAUAAAAAAGCACCGUCUUCUCCCCUCCUUUUGUAAAUGAAAAACCCCUCACCCUGUGAAUCUUCCUAGUCACUGCAAAUGUAUCCACAUAGUAUAGUACCUGGGGCAUCAUUACGCCCAUCAUCCAUUCAUUCUGCAUUUCAGCACCCACUCUGCGUCGAGUACCAAGAGAGACCCUGAGUGUGCCCUGUGCUGUUUUUUUUUUAAUCAUCACUCAGGCCUUUCCUAAUCUCCAAAACUCCACCGUGGUAGAUGAUUCAUGUCUAGCUCCCGCUCCCUCUCCUUGAGUCUGCGGUAGGACCCAGUAGAUGAGCACUUGAAGCAAGUCUGAGUUGUAGAUCAGACUUAACCCCUAUCAUAGCCCAGCUAAGCCUCAAAGCUGGUACUAUUCUUUUCUUCCCCGUUUGGCAAGAGAUGCGGCUGACCGGCAGUGUGUGUGACAGGGAGGGAGGCGCUGAAGGACGAGUGCUUGUAGGUUUGUUAAGCAGCCUCACACACCAUCAGCAAACUCGUGCAGCUGUGGACCUGAUGGAACUUGUUACGUUAUCAGCUUUGCGUGGCUUUUUCUUGAUUUUCCACAGCCAAUCUUUCCCCGAACUGUUGUUCCUGACCACUCAAGAUUUCAACAACCUAAUGCCUGUUGGUGGUGUUUUUCAGUAAACUCCUUGUUCAUGUCAAUAAAGUGUCUCUAAACACGG